UGGAGAGGUGGAGAGCGGACUGUUUUCUUUGUUAUUUUUAAAGUCUUGCAAUUCGCAACUAUGACACUGUUGGCGGCGACUGCUGCAGGUCCAAAUUCCCGAUGCACCCGAAAGCAGCAAGAAGAUUUCCACCGGUGAAGAGUUUUUCUGCAGUGGCAUAAGUAGAGGUCUGGAUCUAAUAGUUGUGCAGUGUGGGCUCUACGGGGACGUGGUUUUUGGAUGCUGGGACUAUGAGCAUAAGCGACAAAAGGGGCUACUUAGCAGACCUGGGAGGCAGCUUCACUGAGGAUGCUCCCAGACCUCCAGUCCCAGGAGAAGAAGGAGAGCUGGUGUGCAGUGAUGGACGCCAGUACAGCAACCUUGGCUUCUCCUCAAAGAACGAGAACCUCAAAUGUGAGGCGUCUGUGGCUACACCCAGGCGACCUGACUUGGACCUGGGUUAUGAGCCGGAGGGAAGUGCUUCCCCUACGCCACCCUACUUAAAGUGGGCAGAAUCUCUUCACUCCCUCCUGGAUGACCAAGAUGGCAUCCAUCUGUUUAGGACGUUCCUCAAGCAGGAGGAGUGUGCAGAUAUGUUGGACUUCUGGUUUGCAUGCAGUGGCUUCCGCAAACUCGAAGCUAAUGAGGGUAACGAGGAGAAGAAGGUAAAACUGGCAAAAGCUAUCUAUAAGAAAUACAUCUUGGACAACAAUGGGAUAGUUUCCAGACAGAUCAAGCCAGCUACCAAGUCCUUCAUCAAAGAUUGCGUCAUGAAGCUUCACAUUGACCCUGCAAUGUUUGACCAGGCUCAGACUGAGAUACAGACUAUGAUGGAGGAAAACACCUACCCAUUAUUUCUUAAGUCUGACAUUUAUUUGGAAUAUACGCGGACAGGAGGAGAGAGCCCUAAGCUGUACAGCGAUCAGAGCUCUGUUUCUGGGAAUGGAAAGGGGCUGUCGGGUUAUUUACCGACUUUAAAUGAAGAUGAGGAAUGGAGAUGUGACCACGAGCCGGAGGAGCAGCCAGAGUGUGACCCCACACCGAGCAACCGGCUUACUCAGAAGCUGCUAAUGGAGACGGCACCACAGCGUGUGGCCAACAGCACGAGAUUCCAGGACAGUCACGAGUACAGGCACGCACCAUGUCGGGAGCCCAUCAACCCGUACUAUGUCAACACAGGUUAUGCUAUGGCUCCUGCCACCAGCGCCAACGAUAGUGAGCAGCAGAGUAUGUCCAGCGACACGGACACAAUUUCCCUUACCGACAGCAGCGUAGAUGGUGUUCCACCCUACAGAUACCGCAAACAGCAUCGCCGGGAGAUGCACGAAAGUGCCAAAGCAAAUGGGCGAGUGCCACUACCUCAUAUUCCACGCACAAACCGGAUUCCAAAGGAUAUUCAUGUGGAGCCGGAAAGGUUUGCUGCAGAGCUGAUCAGCAGACUGGAGGGCGUACUGAGAGAGAGAGAGGCUGAAGAGAAACUAGAGGAGCGACUGAAGAGAGUACGAUUGGAAGAGGAAGGUGAUGAAAACAUGUCCACAGCCACAGCAUUAUCCAGUCACAGGCCCCCCCCUGGUGCUUAUCCGCAGAAUUACAACCCCCGCUAUGCUGACGUCACCUACAGUGGCCCUUUAAUGAGAGAUGCUCAUGAGGAGAACCCGGAGAGCAUCCUGGACGACCACGUCCAGCGGGUCAUGAAGACUCCCGGUUGCCAGUCACCAGGUACAGGCCGUCACUCUCCCAAGUCACGCUCACCAGACGGUUUCCCGGGGGGCAAAGGGAUGGGACUUGGAACGGCGCUGUCGUCAGGCCCGGCUAAACAUCUCUCCAGGCAUGGCCUCAAGGGAGAGACCAGCCACCUUUACCACCACAAGCACGUACACCACAUCCACCACGCAGGUGUCGGGAAACCCAAAGAGCAGGUGGAGGCUGAGGCAGCCAUGCGUGUGCACGGGAGCUUCCCCUGGAGCAUGGAGACGAGUCAUUAUGGGUCAAAGUCUCGCAGCUACGCAGAUGGCAUGGGAUCCAACCCUAUGGAGCAUACAGGCUACAGUAGCAAAGGUGGCACGCAGUGUAAAAGAGCGUUCAAGAAAGGUGAGGAAGUGCGGCCUUAUGACAUGCCAGGGCCUACCGAGGAGAUGGAGAAAAACCAGAAGAUUCUUUUGUGGCUGAUGGAAGGACAAAAAGAAAUGGUUCAACAUAAGAGGAGCCCAUACGGGAGCACCGCUGGGUCCAAGAGGACCACUGGCCAUGAGGGAUCCCGCCUCAGCUCGGCGGAGCGAUCAGGGGCGGUGCACCCGUGCGUCGGCACCCAACUGCGGAACAACGUGCAGCCGUCUCACCCUUUCAUCCAGGAUCCCACCAUGCCCCCAAAUCCAGCUCCCAGCCCCCUCAUCCAGCUGGAGGAGGUGCGCCGGCGGCUUGAGGAGGAGAAGAUUAAGUCUGGAACUUUACAACCCAAGCAAAGGUAUGUGAUGGAGGUGAUCCAGAGGGGUCGUACCGCAGUCAGGCCUGCACUGUUCCCUCCGCUCAGCGUGGUGCCCGCCGUUUCUGACAGCGAGCUCUCCGAGCCCGAACACAAAGCCACUAAAAAGCAGCCAUGUGAAAACAUUACUGUGGCGUAUUACUUCUGCGAGGAGCUGAUUCCGUACAGGACGUCUGUCAAAGGGAGGGUCGUCACACUGGGCCAGUUCAAAGAACUGCUGACAAAGAAAGGAAAUUACAGGUAUUAUUUCAAGAAGGUAAGUGACGAGUUUGACUGUGGGGUGGUGUUUGAAGAGGUGCGUGAAGAUGAUGCUAUCUUGCCCAUCUUUGAGGAGAAGAUUAUCGGCAAAGUGGAGAAAAUCGAUUGAGGCCUGCACGGUGGAGAUGAAAGAGUGGAAAGGCCAGCGCACGAUAGACCGAGGAGCGAUUGGAUGGUGAAGAGGAAGUGUUUUAGGAUUGAAAGUGGAGGAGCGGAGAAGAAAGUGAUACAGUGGACAAGUGGAUCUGGAGAUGAAGAGCAAAGCAGUGGUCACAGCAGAUGGCUUGUGACUUUUGAGGCUUGAUGGCUCCACUGCAGGGGCGUUGGACUAGAAGAAAAAAAGACCUCAUUCACUUCUUGGGAGUGUAAUGUAGCAUUGUAAAGUUUACUAGAUAAAUGAAGAACAAAAGUGCUACUAAAGCUACAUAUUUUUGAUAUGAUGUAUCUGAAGGUGUCCUUUCUAAAGUAACCACACUUGUAAUUUUUAUAUGUAUUGGUACCAGAUGUGUACAGUUUGUGUUAAAAGAUAACAAAAUUUUAUAUCUAUUUAAGUAUUUAAAAUGCUCAUGUUCAAUCCUAUUGAAGCGGGAGUGUCGCCCCUGUUGAAGACGAUCGAAAUCCUUAAUAGGGCUGCUUUUCGUUUGCUUUUUUCUCAUUCUUUGUAAGAGUCCUCUGGACUCUAAUGUUUGUGUUCCUCUUAGUGCUUUUAAUACUUAACUUACCAGUACUUUGUUUUGUGGCAUUCAGCCAGGCUGCACUUUCACUGCAUUGUAUACCACUGACUAUGUCUCAACGUAGGCUGCAACAUGAAUUUCUACAGCACCAAACAUGACCAGAAAAAUAGAAACCCAUGUACAUUCUACUGCAAUCCAGCCCAGUGUCUUACAAUAAUGCUUCUAGGAAGCAUUAAUGGUUUUUUAUGGUCAUUUUUAGACUCAACUUUUGUUGUGUUGUUGUAUUAGAUUCAAAAUAUAACAUGUAGGAAACACUAAUACAAUCCAAUACAUCAGCACAAACACGGCCUUAAAAUGACCAUAGAGUAGAGUCAGUUGGCAUAAAUUCAAUAUCACAAGUUUCACAAAGUUUUUAUUUACUGUUUUAUUGGGAUGCACUGCGUAUAGCAGCAUAUAGGGUGUUGUAUUUUGCUGGUCAUUUGGUGUAUACUGCAUGUAAAUGUAGCUGAUGGCUAUGUUUAUGUACAGUCUUCUACUGUAUUGUUUUUAACCCAACCCAGUUCCAAGAAAAUUGCCUUGAAAUAACAGUAGAUGCAAUAAUACUAUAACAAAGAUGUGACUGGAAAUUGCAAGGUGAAUAUCUAUGCAAGUUGGUUUAAUAAUUUUGUUGCCCUAAUCCAAAAAUGCAUCGGGCAUUUAUAUUAAUUAGUCCGAUAAAUAAGUAACAUUAGAAAAAUGUUUAAAAUAGUUGUAAUCUACACGUAAGAACAGUCAUGUCGUUAAAAGCCUAUUUGAAUAAAUGUCUUUUAAUUUAAUCCAUUAGGCUGAAAUUUGGGUUGAAGCCAACAAGGCUUUUCUGAAGUUUUUACAAUUUUGAUGAUUAAUUCUGAUUGUGGAUGACUAAGUUGAUCUUUUUAAAAUCAGUGCCAAUUAUAAUUUGGAUAAUAAUUACUCUUAGGAGGCCAGUUUGGCAAUUUUCUUUUAAUUAUUCCCAGUGUAACACUGAAUUAAACUCUUCAUUUUUUGAAAUGAAGUACCGCCUUCAGCUUUAGAGGUUAGUGCCGCUUGUGAAACAGCAGAGCAGCUUGUACACUUGCACAUUUGAGUUCAUGCCUGCAGUGCCGAGAGGUCCUUGCCCCUGUUCAUCAGAGGUCAUAUCACAUCAAGAAGGCCAGUGGAUGUCAUCAGAAUGCUAUCAAAAGUUGACGUGUUUGCGUACUGAAGGUCACAUAAAGGCAUAUUUUAACAUACUCUAAGUGCUUUGCCAUUUUACAGUGUAGAGGAGGGUUCAGCAAUGUAAACACAUUUUAUUCCAGGAAGCUGGUGAUGGCAAACACACACUGAAAUGUCCCAGUUGUAUUUACAUCAAGGUUUUUUCCAGCUUUGACGUCCGUACAUGGUCAUUUCUGUGAUCCCCAAGACUUAACAUCGUAAGAAGUUUAACUAGCAGUUGAUCAAGGGGCUGUGCUAAGAGCUGAUCUCUAACCUGUAGCCUUCUCUAGCUUAUCACAGCUCCAUCUUGUGCCUGGCAGGAAUGAAUUGUUUAGUGCAAACGAUCUACUUUUGAUAGAUCACAUUACACCAAAGAGAAGAAAGUAGGUGGUAGGUACUGUAGGCACGCUCUUGAAAUACCCUUUCACGCUGAUAUUCUUUAUGUUGCGGCAGCACUGAUUAUUUGGUAUCAUGAAAACAUUGAAGCUCUUGCAUGAAAGGCCAGAAUGUUUGCUUUGUUUUAUUUUUUGUAAUGGACAAGGUGUAUAUGAUUGCAUCUUUUUUCUGAACAUCAGACAUUCAGAUGGGAUACUUCAUGAAGCGUGCAGUGCAUUUAAAUCUUGUUAUUACUGCAACACUGACAAGAUGUCUCCUUCAGUUUAUAUUUUCUGCCCCUUCUGUUUGGCAUAGAAAAUUAGCAUUUUGCACUGGAAUAGCACAGCUGAAAAUAAAAGUCAUGGUACACUCAGCUGGAGAAGCUACGUGACAUUAAGAUUCAAGGCCACCAUGUUUUUUUUUUCUUACCUCAUCAUUGUGCUGGAGUCCACAGUGAGGAAUGUGCUAUAAUAAAAGCCUUUUUGUUAUGUAAUAAUAGGCAGAAAGACAAGUGGACCUUGAAACCACACUGCUGUAUCGUAUGUGUCCUAAGGAAUAUCUCCUUUUUUGAGAUGCUGGUUUUUGGUGCUGCCUUUUCUUAGACUCCUAACCUAAAUCAGUUGAAUAAAUUUAGUGUAUUUGCCCCCAGUGGUCCUUUGUAUGUUAAGUUAUACAUUUUUGAGGUCAUGAUCAAGUUAAAUGCUGUAUGUGUUGUCUUGAUUUUCGUUGUUUAUUUCUUUUGAAAUAUAGAGUAUCAAAUCUUUUGUGAUUCUUACUGUGAAAGCCCCAAAAUUAAACUACCCUUAUUUAAGAUCAAUGAAAUGUAUAUAAUAAACAUCAGAGUGCCUUUAUUACUAUGCUAAUGAUGUCUGCAGUGUGACUUUCGGACAGAUGUGGGGACAUAAACACCAGGGACUUGCUUUAUAUUUUUUGUUUAGACUUUUUUUUGUUUGUCUCUACACCUUUUUCAUGUAAAUAUGUACAACUUAAACUGUCAUCGACCAGCAGCACAUUCAGUACCCUGGACCUGUUUCUGUUCACUAACUAGCAUGGUUGCCAUUUAAAGGUACCUGGACAAUAAA